CGGCAGUCGGUCGUAACGGAGAAACCGGAGCGCUGGAUUCAAGUGUAUAACCCGGCUGUCUGGCUGUGAGACGCUCGGCUCCUGCAGACUGCAGGGAUGGGCCGCGGUCUGGAUGGCUGACGAACAAGGACGAGGACAAAUCAUAUGAUAAGAUGCUGGCUCGUAACCGCUUCCUCCUCCUGGUGGCGGUGGGCGGGGCUGUGCUGGCCAUCAUCAGUCUGAGCCUCCAGUUCUUGAACCUGAUCCCCACUACUCCCAUUAUGGAGGAGCGACCCUUCCAGGCUGCAGAUGGAGGUGUUGGUGCUCAGGGGAAGAGCAGAAAGAGAGUUUUCCCGGCGCCUCACACCCAGGAGCCCAACCCCAUAUCUGAAGCUUACAGCUACUGUAACACCCCCAACCGCACUGAACAUUCCUGGGAAGGUCACAGUCCUGCUGACUACAAGCUGCUGUCUGUCCAGGUGAUGAUUCGUCAUGGAGACCGCUACCCACUUUACUACAUCCCUAAGACCAAACGGCCCGCCAUCGACUGCACCUUGUCCUCCAGCAGGAAGCCCUCACACCCCCUGCUGAACUCAUUCAUCCGUCACAUGGGCCUGGGAGGAAGCAGCCACUGGGAGUCACCACUGGGCUCCAUUCCACGUCUGCCCAACCACAGUGCCUGUGAGAUGGGAGAACUCACGCAGACGGGUGUGGUGCAGCACCUACGAAACGGGCAGCUUCUCCACCAAGCUUACAUGCGCCGCAGUUUCCUCCCUUCUGACUGGUCGCCUCGCCAGGUGUGGCUUGAGACCACAGGUAAGAGCCGCACCCUCCAGAGCGGACUGGCCUUCCUCUAUGGCUUCCUCCCAGACUUUGAUUGGACAAAACUAACCGUGCGGCACCAGUGGAGCACGCUGUUCUGCGGUUCGGCGUGUGACUGCCCUGCAAGGAACAGAUACCUGGAGGAAGAGCAGAGGAGGCAGUAUCGGCUCAGGGUGAGCGAUACUGAACUGGAGAGGACUUACGCCGAUAUGGCACGGACUUUGGGUCUUCCCACCCGCCAGCUCCGAGCUGCAAACCCUAUAGACUCCCUGCUGUGCCACCUGUGCCACGGCAUCUCUUUCCCAUGCGUUCCCUUGGGAGAUGGCACCACUGGAUGUCUGACAAUGGCACAAUUUGCUGUGAUUCGCCGACAGCAGCUAGAUGACGAGGUGGAUCGGAGGAGAGUGGGGCUGUAUCAUAAAUACGCCAUCCUCGCCAUGCACCCCUACCUCAACCGAACUGCUGCCAAGAUGGAGCGUGUCGCCAAGGACAGUGAGGCUGGCAGACAGCCUCGUGCAGGCGGCGAGGAGGUCUUCACCCUCUCUUCAGCCCACGAUGUGACCGUGGCCCCAUUGUUGAGCGCCCUCGGACUGGAGGAGGCACGCUUUCCACGUUUCGCAGCGAGAGUAGUCUUUGAACUGUGGAAGAGUCCCCCAGCCACGCAAGGACAAACAAAGAAGAAAGCUGGCAAAGGUGACAAAUCAAAGGGGAAAGAUGGGGAACUGUUCAUCAGGGUGCUGUACAACGGCGAAGAUGUGACAUUUCACACUACCUUCUGUCGCUCCCACGACCGUCAUGCCAACCAGCCCCUCUGUCCUCUGAAGAACUUCCUGUCUUUUGUUAGAAAAGACAUGUUCAGUGUUCUCAACGCUUCUUCCUACCAGGAGGCCUGCUCUAAGCGCGCUGGUUGACAGAUGGAGAGGAGGGUGACUGAGUAAAGAUGCAGGGUUGGCAGAUGGUUGUACUUGUUUUUUAGUCGUUCUCCACUUUUGAAGAUGGUGCACUUUUAUGCUGCUCAUAGUCUCCUAAAAUUCCUCAUUUUUCAAAUAUUACAUUCCUGAGCACGUGAGCAGCAAACACACACAGUACUGUACAUCAUGUCGUCAUUAGAUCUGUUUCUAACCUUUACAAACUUUGUUUAUUUGAAUACUGUAUGUUUUCUGAGGCAUAUGUAUAAGAGAUGGGUAAUUCGAGGGAAGUUGUUUGGCACUUCGCCACUUUAUUCCGACAUUCCAUAAUACCAUGGAAUUGUAAGAUUCCAGUAUUCCCAAACACUUGCAAGAAAAAGGGAACAUUGAAGCUGGAAAUGCUGUACUGGAUGAAUAAUUCCUGGAAAAUACUUUGUGUAUAAUAAAUCUUUUCCAUGAAAAUUACACUUUGGGCUAGUUUUGGCCACAUUACUCAAUGACACAUAUGGCAUUUCUUUUAAUGUUUGGGUUGUAUGGGUUUUAGUGUUUAUUCAUUGCAGUAGAUUAUCUGCUUAAUAAUGAGAGUUGUUUCUAUUUUGACACAGUAAUGUGUUUCUUUUCAUUGUUUCAGUAAAAUUGACCAUGGUACUUUGUAAUUAAAUUAAUUUUCUUUCCUUACAUUGAUUUACAACUAUAGGUUAUCUGUAUUUAUGAUGAUUGUUACAAUAACUGAUCACUCUUUGUUUUUGCUUGUAGGACACUGAAUGAAAUAAAGAUUCAUUUCGAGCAGA